AUGAGGUCUAAAACCAGUAGUACAGCGGCGAUAGUACAAUUUUAUGAAGAAGACGUAUUUGCACCGACAGACAUCAAGAAAUCGUACGUGGACGUGUUCAACCCCAGCGGCGCGGCGACUCGGGCGCUGCCGCCCGCCGCCGAGGUGCUGGGACCUGCGCCCGCGCCGCAUGACGCACCCAGCUACUUCGUGCCCGCGCCCGCGCCCGCUCCCGCGCAGAGCGGCUUCUACGAUCCAACACAAAUGGCGACCGGCGACGAUGACCAAUACCGCAGUGGCAUAUAA